GAACAGCUGUCUACACAUCUGCCUCAUUUGCAUAUUUUUGCGGGGCCUUGUUCGAGGAACUGGGUCAAAAUAUAGGCGGGUUUCGGCGGAUCUUGCGGAAUACAUCACAAAAUCGUCCAGGUUAGAGGGAGCAAAUACCAUCAAGAAUGACGGAAGAAGCGCAAGUGAAUGGCCCUUCAGGAGAUGGGGGCAAAUUUAUUGAUACCAUAGAUCCAGAGGACCCAGAAUACAUUCGUCAAUUGAGGCGGCCGGCAGAGAUCAAGGAAGACGUUCGCCAGAUGGAGCAGCGCAAGCGCGUGUCCUUAAUCCUCAACAGUGAGGCGUUCCGUGAGGAGUUGGAGGCGAUCAUUGAGAGUCAAAUCAAGAGUGGACCCCACCCAGCCAGUCUGAUCGCUCUCCAACAAAUCUCUGAGUUAUUGUUGCCAAAUGCUAGAAGUAGUGGAGGAGUAGGCAAAGGCGGUGUCAGCAGUUCCGUUGUUCCAGUGGCCGACAUCCGCGGUGUAGAUUCACUAAGUUAUACAAAGGCAGAGAAAAACUUGAGAAAUAAGGUGGCAUCGUGCUACAGACUGGUUGACUUGUUUGGAUGGACGCAUAACAUCUACAACCAUAUCACUGCCCGGUUAAGUCAAGACACAGAACACUUCUUGAUCAAUCCAUUUGGACUCCUGUACCAUGAAGUGACUGCCUCUUCCCUCGUUAAACUGGACAUGCAGGGAGAGGUCCUCAACGCCGGAACUACGUCUUUCGGCAUCAACAAGGCCGGCUACAUGAUCCAUUCAGUUAUCCACGCAGCCCGCCCAGAUAUCAAGGCUAUUAUCCAUCUGCAUACACCAGCUGUCGUUGCAAUAUCUUGCAUGAAGUGCGGUCUUCUUCCAAUUUCACAAGAAUCGCUGAUAUGCGGUGACCUAAGUUACCAUGAUUAUCAUGGCAUCGUCGUAGAUGAGGAUGAGCGUGAGUCCUUGGGCAAGGACCUUGGCCCAGUCAACAAAAUCAUGUUCCUUCGUAACCAUGGAGUCCUCUGUUGUGGGGAGAACAUUGAAGAAGCAUUCUAUUUGGCCAUGAAUUUAGUAGCUGCCUGUGAAACCCAGAUGCGUUUACUGCCCAUUGGUCUGGACAACAUUGUCCAAGUUGACGACGCCACAAAACAAAAGGUCCAAGAGACAGUGAAAACUGGUGGUGGUGGCGUUGAUAUGAAGUCACAGGGUGGCCGCAAAUGGAAAAUAGGAGAAAUGGAGUUUGAGGCUCUUAUGAGGCUUCUUGACAAUGCAGGUUACAGAACUGGUUUCCAAUACAGACAACUCGUCGAACGAAUAGAACCUGGCAAAGGCAAGUCGACCAGCGACGUGGAGAUCCCUCCCACCUCUUCCUCACACAUGAAUGACGAUGAUGUUUCGUCUCCACUGAAAGUGGCUUUAGAGAGACAGAAGAAGCACGUUAAGACAGAAUGGUUGGGCACACCCAACACGUACUCAAAGAAAGAAAUUGACGAAACCGGCACCCCCAACCCCAAAAAGAUUACCAAGUGGGUGCAAGACGGCUCCCCCCAGAAGACCAGCACACCCAUUAAAGUAGACACCAAAAACCAGUUUGCUCCCAUUGGAGAUAACCCAGCAGAGUUUAAAAAGCAUCAGAAGAAAGUGCGUGAAAACUACUACAAGGACACACGAACAGCUGGGCCACAGUCGAAGAUUUUAGAAGGCACCACGUGGGAAGAGGCCUCGCGAAUGAGGGAUGGUAACUUGAGUGGAGCUGGUGACAUCGUAGUCGGUGCAGCCUCCAAGGGCAUUAUUCAGCGGGAACACCAGCAUAAUGCUGUCGUCUACAAGCAGUACUAUGCAGCUAAUCCAUUCGAGUCGAUGACAGAUGAUGAGAUUCAGAAAUACAAAGCUGACAUUGACCGCAAGAAUCACCCAGAAGGUGAUGCUGGUUUUGAAGUUGAAGGAGAAGUAGAAGGAGAAGUGCAGCUGGCCACAACCAUAGGUGAUAUUGAACAAACUCCUCCGGUACAAGAGGAGUGGGGGUUCACCUGUCCAUCUGCCAGCAAUGAGGAUAUCCUUGCCCACCCAGUGAUGCCCAGGAAGCACUCCCGCGCCACCGAGCAGGAAGACGAGGUCAAUGAAGUGGCCAGGCCGCUCUCAAUGAUUCAAGUCGAGAGGGCACGAACGUUUGCUGUCUAUGAUGAGAAUGACGAUUCUCUUGCUCCUCUUGGCAAGCUUCACUCUGUUGGUUCAGCACCAGCUUCGCUAGAACGUGACGUCCAUCCCGGGUGGAAAAAGGAAAAGCCCCCACCACCUAAACGCACCGUCACACUCGGGAAAUACAAGCCAUUGCGCCCAGACUUGCCACUGCCGUUUAGGCGGACCAAGACCCUGCAGCCAACCAGUAGGAGAGAGAGGCCACCAGUACCCCCAAGACCUAGGCCAUUUUCGGGAGAGUUCUUCAUUGCAGAUUUUCCAGCAAAGGCUCCACCAGCCAGGCCUGAGCCUCCUGUGGUUCUGGAGGAAGCGGCAGAGAACCCUCCAGAGCUGUUGGAGAAACCGACACUGAAGCCUCCUAAGCCUCCUGUGGCGGAGAAACCUGCACGUAGGCCUCAUGUGGUAUCUGAGGAGCUUUCACCUGAGUAUCAUGUGAUGUGGGAGAAACCUGCACCGAAGCACCAUGUGUACCCGGAGCAACCUGAAGCCUCUGCUUCCCGACCCGUCGGCCGAUCUCAAUCUGCCAAACAACCAUCUCAGAAGAAACUGGUUGCUGAGUUACAGGCGAGAAAUCUAGAGCGUUCACAUUCGGACAGGCGUGGAGAUCGUGAAGGCGUCAUGAACGGAGAUGAGCAUGAAGAGAAGCCCAAGUCUCCUACCAAGUCUGACACACUCAAGUCACAAGAGAGUGGAGAAGGCGAUACAUCUCACGCAGAUGGAUCACCGACCAAGGACAAGAAAAAGAAGGGCGGGAAAUUCAGGAUGCCAUCUUUUGGCAAGAAGAGGAAGUAAACCAGAGUGGAGACUAGCCAAGAUUGGAACUUUCGCGGGAAGAGAUUCUGUUUUGUGAACGAGACUGAUUACGCAUUGGGAGGAACUGCCCUUGUAGGCUUAUGGACUAUGUAUUCAAAUUACUGGUAUUUAAUAUUAUUUUCACAUGCAAAUUUUAUCAUGUAGGAACCACUAAGAUUGACAGUAUGAUGAAAAACUGUGCAGGAGGACAUUCAUUCUAUAAUACCAUUUUGUAUUUUGAAAUAUUUGUGUGUAUAAAUCUUCUUUUUAUGUAGACCAGUCUUCCCCGGGUUGGCCUAGAAUGUAGCAGGCUAUUUCCUUAGGAGUUAGGCGGCACCUGAUUCACAAAUCGCAGCAGUCUUUUAGAUAUUCUAGUGCUAGGGCUACGGGCGCUUACAACAUUUGCUGUACAUAGAAUUUUAUCCUACAGAGACCACCAGACAUGAUUACACUUAUAAAGUUGUUGGUCUGGCUUUGUCUUUUGUAUAUAUCAAAUAUAUGUGUUGUAUGCCUUAGUGUUUACAAAAGUUUUUUAAAAAUAAGAAAAAAAUAUCCCUAUGUGUAAUAUUGAUCAUUAGAUAUACUAUGCCAAAGUUGCUUUGCGUCUUUCUGGCGGUAAAUUCUCUUGAAGAGUGCUGUGAAUUUAAACCAACCAAUCAGAGAGUAGAUUGAGAUAUAUAUGUAAACAUUCCAAGUGCUCUUCGCACUCUGGAGUCGUGAAUUGGGUGCCGUCCGAACGACAUCAAAAUGCUACUUUUCUCGCUCUGCAUGAUGGAAGAUUCGCUUCAUUUCUGGUGUGGAUUAUAAAAAUUUGCCAAAAGUUUUAAUUGUGCGGUGGUUCUCCUAUCGGAUUGGUUGACGUUUUGUCCAUAGAUCAACGCGUCGGAAUGAGAUUGUGCAAGUAUGUUCACCAGACUUGCUAUCACCUGAUUGGUUGUAUUGCCAUUAAGAUUUGUGCUCUGAUUGGCUGUUGACCGUCAUGAAUUGUGCUCUUGAUUGGCUCUUUUUACAGCCAUCGAGUUACUGUGUUUUGAUUGGUUGAGCAGUGGGCCAACUCCUGAUUGGCUGUUACCAUUGCAAGAACAGUACUUGAAUUGGCCGUUCAACUUGACCAUCAAAAUAAUGGUACCAAUAAGCAUUUAUGAAAAGGAAAGUUCUUGUGUUCAAGAAAGCUGUCCAUAUUUGGCUAGGGACACCCUAGUGUUUGCUGUAAAACAGUAAAGUAUCCACUCUUGUAAAAAAUGAGCACAAAACUUGCACAUUUUUAGAAAACAGUGCUCUGAGUUAGAGAAAAAAUUUCGAAAUUUUGUUAUGAUUGGUGAUUUCCAUACAAUCUUGUUUAUUCGACCUGUACUGCACUGGGAUUGAAGUAGACAGAAAAAUUGUACCAUGCAAUAGAGGAUAAGAACAGACCUCCUCUCACUGUAUUCAAUAGACUUUUAAAAUAUAAGUACGUAUAGUGCAUAGGAUGUACCUUUAAGUCAUAUACAUAAGGAUUUUGCAAAGUUAACAUCAAGAUCUACUUUUUGCAAUAUGAUGCAUCGACGUGUAAAAUUUUGUACUUUUAGAAUAUUAUCAGUUUAGAGCUGUAAACGUUUGGGAGUUGUAAAUAGCAGCGAAAAGUCACUAGAACUGUCAAUAAACUACUUCUUGCGUGGAAAUGUAUAAAACCUUUCACCUUUGUUAAAUUCAAGAUUGGUGUCAAAAACGAGAUAUUGUCCCAACUUGGAAUAAUAUUGUGGAUUUUUCGGCGGUCAUCGGAAAUUUGUUUUUAUGAAUUGAUCAAGGUUUAUUCAUGUGGUUCUUUUGAUGUAAAAUGAAUGUAUAUUUGAUCAUGCAUGGUCAUCAUGCUCCCUGUAAUAAUUUAGCCUAUAUAUGCUUCAAAGAACCAAGUAUUGACCUAUUGAGGACUGAAUAAGGGAGAGAAAAUUGAGGAUGACAAAUUUGAAAAUAAAUUGUUAAAUUUUACAAAAAGGUAAAAAGUUGUGAAACUGACUUUCAGAAUUGAGGGUAGGUUUUUCUCGUUUCGAUGGAAUUUUUGAUAGUUUUUGAAGUAUGUCUCACUUUCACAGUGACCAAAACUGGCAUCGGUCCUCAAAGGGUUAAUCUGUGUUUAUAUUUUAUGAUUCUGGUUCUCCUGUAUAUGUACGUAUACAUGAACGAACUGCGGCUAAUCAUGUCAGUUGGAACAGUGUCUUUUUCAUUUAGAGCAUAUAUGGAUGUAUUUCUACGCCAUGGAGAUCAUAGUCAGCUUAAAAUUGUCCUUGCAGACUUGUAUAGAAAAUGCUGUGAAAGCUUGAAAGAUAGUCUAUGUUUGAACAUGUCUGGAUGAGAUAAGCUGAAAUAAUGUGAGCCUCAAAAUAUUCCUCUCUACGUGAUGAUGCCAAUUUUGGACUUUGAGCCCUUCCUCUAUAAAGCUUGUAGCUGUAACAUGUUGUGCCGAUUUAAUUUGUGGAAGGAAGAAAAAAAAUGCAUCUAUUUUGGGGUUUAUAUUAUGUCCAGUUCGAUUGGUCUGUAAAACUGCCAUGGAAGUUUUCCGCAAGAAAACCUUACGAUACAGGAAGUCGGCUGGGAACUUCGACUCACAAGAUCACCCCUGAUAUUUGAGGCCAGUUCAGAAACUGUGGCGCGAUUGCCCAGCACUACAUGUCAGCUAUAUUUGUACAGCUUAUUUUGGAUGUACAGUUCAGAUUGUUCUUACUCGUUUAACCAUAGAAAGCUUGUGCAAUACGAAUGUCCUGAUUUAGAUUCAUCAAACAAUUUGUUUGAGGUUCUUGUUUUUUGUAGAGGAGUAGAUUUUUGAACCUUUGAAGGCGACUUCAAUGUGCAUUUGUUUAUGCCAAAUCUUCUGUUUAAUAAUAAUAAUACAUGUACCAACGGCCAUGCACUGUAGUUGCAUAUGAUAUAGCUAUUAAAAAGAUCAUAAUUGUCAUAUUUUUUGCCAGGGUUUUUUUUUGUAAUUCUCUGAAACCAUGGCACUUGGGAGUUCAUCGACUUCACCUCAUGGAACAUGGUGUGUCAGUUUUGGGCCUUGCUUGAAUGAGCUUGGUGUUGGCGAGUUUGGAGCAUGAUUCUGAAAAUUGCCUUCUGCUUGGAAACCCAACACGUAAUAAACUAAUAUUGUCACACCAUGAUUCGAAUUUAACUUAUUAGAUUAAAAUGUGCCAAUACAGUAUAAGCAGUGAAAGUCCUGCGCAUUUAAAUUUAAAAAAUAUUAAUCGGUUGAUACCCAGGUGCAAUGGUUCACCUCCAAAACUGGGCAUUUGUUAUGAUUUCUAAAAGGAAACUGUAGGUUAGAUAUCGUCUUAGGAGGCGAUAGUGCCCAGUAUUUCGGAACCAAGCUUCAAGCAUUGCCCGUGUAAUCUUAUCAUAACGGGGACCUUGAGAAAUUUCCAAAAAUGAUUAAUUUGGCCAGAACUUGUUCAUCAAGUAUCUGUGAUCGUUCUAAUUCAUGUACGUGAUAAUUUUUUAUUCAGUGUACGAGAAAUUUUGAUAUGUAUCUGUUCUUCACCGCUACAGCGCCAUCUGUAUUUGUGUAGCAAAACUGCUGAAUAUGGUAACGUAGUCGCCCCAAAUAUAGUUGUUUUCGUUGUGGAGUUCUUGGAGUGAAUGUGACCGGAAGAGACUGGCUGUGUUAUUGAACAGUUACUGUCCCUGGUUAUGUCCCAUGGUGAACCAAGUUUUGCCCCAGUUCUAAAGUCGCUUGGUAAGCCGCCGCCUUGGUGCAACGGCAAUUAUAUGGUACAUAUGGUUGGGAAGUUAGACUGCUUUGAAGUGGAUUUAUGCCAUCUGUUGUGAGACUGGUGUUGGAGAUGUGCUGCUAAUGCUACUAAUGCUUAGACUAGGUUUGGUCGUGCUGACAUUUUGCUUUGAAAUGAUCAACUGAACCAUUGUAGAUUGGUUGAUGAUACCAUGAAAGUCCUGAAUGUUCAAUUACAUGGCCAUGCUGUCGGAAAGCGACAAGUAUAAGACUUGUGGAAAGUCGUUUUCGGUCCCUUAAAAAUAUUGAAAGAUUGUGGCACAUAUAGCCAAAUAAAUGUUAUGUAUAUUAAGGUGGACUCUGAUCAUUCAUUAUAAGCUUCUGAAAUAUUUCUAACAUGCCUCGAGAAUGAUUUCAGCUUUGUGUACGCAUUACUUUCAGUGCUCUUAUUCAGCUAAGAAACAGCAUCCAUGUACUAUCCUUCACAUAUCGGUAAUAAAAUACUGAAAAUAUUAA